CAAUGGCGGACAGCGGCGGUGAUCGUGGUGUUGCCGAAGGCACCGGUGAUCGUCCCACCGGCCCGACGGCGGUCUCGGGCGACACCCCCGACCACUCACAAGCCCGUGAGAUGGAGAUGGGAGCCUCUGACCCAAAAAGCAAGGACUCUGUGGAAGCUGCUGAGGGCUCCGCCAAAGAACUGCUCGAUCUGGCGUCCAACUCUGUAGACCACAUGGAGUCUACACGCACGAAACAGUGGCUGGGCGGAGGGGACGAGGUGGAAUCUCGCAAGGACGUCCAGAAGCAUGUCCCUGGACCUCUACAAGCCCUUCCUCUUUCCCUGGAAGACAUCAGGCUGGGCCUCGAGACCAUCGUGCAGCAGCAGAACAACGGCCAGGGGCCACCUGGAAAAACAUUCUCCAGCGAUGGGCCGAGGAGGCUGGACGAGGCGGGAAAGGCCGUGGUGACCUCGCACGCCCUCGCGGCAUAUGUGUCCACCCUCGAGCUGUCCUCGCUGCGCAAGCUCACCGCCAGGGUGGUCUCCGACACCGGCCUCUGGGUGUCGCGGCUCUUCAGGUUCUUCGACUCGGCGGUGUACUUCCACGAGGAGUCCCGGGAGGGGCUGGUGCGGGUGUGUCGCCUGGCUCUGCACGCCAAGUACCCCCGGCUGUCCCAGGGAGACGGCUAUGAGGCCCUGUUUGCCCGUCCCCCAGUCCUCUACUUGGGGGCGCACACCAGGGCAAGCCUGGGACACCACCUCUGCUCACAGUUGGGUCUUCCUCUGUCCUGCUUGAGGAUGGUACCGCAGACCAGGACACCAGGAAGGCUGUACCAGACCGACCUGGAGGCCCUGGAGCACUGCCUGGCCGAGGACGUGUCCCAGGGCAAGAUCCCGACCCUGGUGGUGGCCAGUGCGGGCUCCCCCGCCGUGGGACAGGUGGACCCCCUGCAGGGGCUGCAGGAACUGUGCAAGCGCCACGAGGCCUGGCUGCACGUCGAGGGCCACGCCCUGGCCGCACUCUGCCUCGUCUCGGUGCCCAACCUGCCUGCCCGUACCGGGGACAGCGUGUCCCUACCCCUGGGGACCUGGCUCGGCCUGCCCUCUGUGCCCUACGUCACCCUGUACAAGACCGGGGAGGCCGCACUGGCGCACGCUGCAGGGCUGAGCUCGUUCAGCGUGCACAGCAAGCUCCAGUGUCUCCCCCUGUGGGUGGGACUGCAGAGUCUGGGACACCAGGGACUGCUGCAGCGUGUUCUGCACUGCCUGCGUCUGAGUGAAAUGCUUCGUGAGCGUUUGGACCAAGUGCCAGGAAUCGAAGUUGUGGGAAGGCCGCGAGCAGUGUCCAAGGAAGGCCAGGUGCUGACGUUGGCCGACGUAGUCACCAAGUCGGUUGGUACAUUGCUGCUGUUUGACGUCGUCGUUCCUGUGGUGACAUUUCGGUACAUACCUGACGAAGACGGCGAAACAGAUGAAUUUUGCAAGUCAGACGGAGAGGUGGAAGAGGAGAAGGGGAGGGAAGCAGAGGGCCGACCGGAAGCAGUCGACCGAAAGGAACAGUCCGAGCCAGUAACGACCGCAGAGUCGCCUACCAGCGAGGAACAGGAAACGACGCACCCAAGAGAGACUGAAUCGUCAGCCUCGAAGGACCCCUCGUACCAGAACAACCUCAACUCUUGGUUGGGACAAGUCUUGAACAGGGACGUUCCGCGAGCUGCCCUUGACCUUCUUGACCUGGAUCAACAUGGCGUCUGCCUUCGUUUCUGCCCGCUCGAGAGCGCUCACGUAUUCGGCACAACGACUCAGGACGUGGAGGAACUCCAUGGGUGCCUGCUGAAACAGUUGGCCAUCCUGAAUGCGACGGUGCGUCAGAAGCGCAAGUUUCGCCGUGCCCUCGAGCACCACGAGAAUCUGGCCCUGGUGGAGGUGUGCCACUGGGCGGGGCUGGGAGGGGUCCGCUACAUUCCCGGGCCCUGGUUGGGCCAGCCCUUGGACGAGGCCGGCCGCGAAGACAUCAACCGCCUAAACUCGGAGCUGGUGCUCAAGCUCAAGAGCACAGACUCCGCCUUCUCGCUGGGGGAAGGGGAUGACGGCAUGUGCUGCGUGCGCUUCGGCAUGGUGACAGACGACCUGGACGUGGAGGAACUGGUGGGCCUGGUGCUUGCCGCAGGCAUGGAGCUGGAGGAGUCUUCAAAGGCCCUGGAGUCCAUGUCUGAGCUGGUGAAGCAGGGCAUUCAGGAGGCCAGCAAGGGACUGCAGCAAGAGAAUGAAGAGAAGAUCAUGCAGGAAGGCCUCCUGAGACAUGUUCCUAUAGUCGGCAGCCUCUUCAACUGGUGGUCACCUACAUCCAAGGAAUCAGGAAUACGGGGACGCAGCUUCAACAUCACCUCUGGACUGGUGGAGAGUACGGAAAACAUCUACAAGUAUCACAUGCAGAUCCAGCAGGGUGGCAGUCCUGCGCUCUCCAACUGUCCUCCGCAAGCCCAAGUCCUCGUACAAGCAGGCAGCCCGCUUGAACCAAAGCACCAUUAAAUGGAAAUGGAGGGAAGGAGGGGGGAACCUACAGAUAUUGGUGCCUGCUGGCGUACAAGCACUAGUUCCUAAUCUUGGCAGAAACCAUUCCUCGUUUUUCAGGAAGCCUGUCUGAUGAUCUGGCAUGAAGUCCGUCUGCUUUCGCAGUCUUGGCCCGGAUGCAUGUAACGGUGCGGGCACCGACUUCUGGUUCAGCCCCUUGGCUUUUGCCACUCUUGAAGCCCUUUUGCACAGAAAACUCCAGUAUGCAAGGGUUUGGAGGGUUGUCUGCUUUGGCAGUUGUGGUGCAAGGUCUGGUGCUAAGAGAGUGCAUUGGGUCUGCCACCCGGAUCUGGCUCAAAGCAUUCACUGUUUUCACGAGUUCCUUUGCAAGGACUCGGGGAAACUUUUGACCCUUGCAAGGAUUCUGCCGACUAAGUAGGUUGCCGUCUACUUUUGCAUUCCCCAGGGGGUUUGAGAGUCUGCUAUUGACUGGCUGUGCCGGCCAAGUUGUCUCCAGGUCGGUGAAAGACCGUCUGUGAGGACUAGCAGGUAAAAGUCCAUGGCAGCAGUGCAGAACUGUUUACAUAUCAUUGGUGAGGGGGGUGGGGGGUUGGGUGGACAAGAUUACACAUCCGGCUUCGGAAAUAAGCUUUAAUCUUUUCGGGACCAUUCCACUUGUAUACAGAAGUAGAGGGGCCCUGCUCGUUUCUGAAAUGAACCAUCCCCUAGCGGUUUUUGUUCUUUAACAGUCUGCUUUUGCAGGGUCUCACAUAUUAUUUGUAUUUUCUUGUUUCUUUAUGGGCUUGUGUAGCGCCUGUUUUCUGCUUUAGAGUCUAACUAUGGCAAACUUCUUGGGCACCUUUCCCCUGCCUCCUGCCCCAGCAGUUCUCCUGGCAGCACAUUGUCUUGUGCAGACUAAAAGGUUGACGGUCGUCCGGGCCGGGUUUGCCUUACGAAGACGUUGUGAUACAUCUAGUCAAAAGUGUUCAAUAAAUUGUCAGUUUUUUUGGA